GCGGAUGUUGUUGUUUUGCCGCAGGGUCAGUGCUAAUCGGAGUUCGCCUUUUCACUGAUUUACUGCAAGAAAAUACAUAAAUAAUAUCGUUGGCGACAACCUUCAUCAUUGUAAGGGUUUGCGAGGUGGACUGUAAUGAAAGGCAAAGAAAGGUCGCCGAUUAAAAAGCGCUCUCGGGCUUUGGAUGAUAUCCGAGACAGGGGAGGAGGCCAUCCGCCCAGCAAGAAAAUGGGGGCUAUCUCAGUUUCCAGUGGGAGCAAUAAUGGAAAUAGCUCGACUAAAAGUGACGCAGGAUCUACAAGAAGGAGUUUGUUGGGCGAAAAGAGAGACAGGGAUUUUGACGGGCAUGUUUCCAGUCGAUCCGGCGUGAGUAACCAUAGUUAUCCCGGUGCUGUUGCUAGCGCUAUCGGUAAGAACCACAACUUGGGCUUGACUCUCGAUUUAGCCACUGCAAGGACUAGUAAUUCUCGUGGCGAGCGUGCUCUGCCUCCCCCCAACAACAACGAAAGUGAGUACAAAACUCUUAAAAUCAGUGAGUUGGGAACCCAGUUGAGCGAUGAAGACAUCGAAGACGGACUUUUCCACGAAUUCAAAAAAUUCGGGGACGUGAGUGUCAAAAUAAGCCGCAGCAACGACGAGAGAAUCGCUUUUGUCAACUUCAGAAAGCCCGAGGAUGCCAGAGCAGCUAAACACGCCCGGGGCAGGUUAGUACUUUACGACCGUCCUCUGAAAAUCGACGCAGUGUACAUCAACAGACGGAGAAGUCGCUCUCCAGUUGAGAGAGUUGACAGAGACCCCUAUGUUGGAGCCCCAGGGCACAGACACCUUCACACCCAGAGACCCCUCUCCCCAUCAGGGCUUGGAUACAGAGACUACAGACUACAGCAGCUGGCCCUUGGGCGCCUCCCUCCUCCCCCACUUCCCCCUUUGCCCAGAGACCUAGAACGGGAGAGGGAGUUUGCCCUGUUUGAAGCCAGGUCGCGCCCAGGUCCAGCUUUCAUUGCAGAGAGAGCUGCUGCUUUCCGCGAGGAGGAUUUUAUCUCUCCCGAGGAUGACCAAAGAGCUAACAGAACGCUGUUUCUGGGCAACUUGGACAUCACAGUCACAGAGACGGACCUGAGGAGGGCGUUUGACAGAUUUGGGGUGAUAACAGAGGUGGAUAUAAAGCCCACACGGGGACAGACCAGCACAUACGGAUUUCUGAAGUUUGAGAACCUAGACAUGGCCCAUCGCGCCAAACUCACCAUGUCUGGGAAGAUAGUGGGCCGUAACCCCAUAAAGAUUGGCUAUGGUAAGGCCACCCCCACCACACGCCUAUGGGUGGGCGGGCUCGGACCCUGGGUCCCCCUAGCAGCAUUGGCCAGAGAGUUUGACCGCUUUGGUACAAUAAGGACCAUUGACUACAGAAAGGGGGACACCUGGGCUUAUAUACAGUACGAGAGCCUUGACGCUGCUCAGGCUGCGUGCACUCACAUGCGUGGCUUCCCUCUGGGGGGGCCCGAGAGGAGACUCAGGGUGGACUUUGCAGACACAGAGCACCACUACCAGCAGCAGUUCCUUCAGCCUCUUCCUCUACCCCCCUUCGACAUGGUGGCAGAGGCUUUCAUCCACCGAGCCACAGCUGAGCCCCUGAGGGACAGGGAAAGGACUCCACCGCUGCUCCACUUCAGAGAGAGAGAUCUGGGCUUCCCCGGGGCUGAGUGGCCCCCUAACCCGGCUAUGCGUGAACGAGUACGUCCCGGGGUCUUUGAGCUGCCAGACCACCUGCAGCGGGACCGGCGGCCGGGGGGGAGGGAGCCCUGGUCUCUGGAGCGUGAGCUGGUGGGGCGCGGCGGCGACCCAGGACGGAAACGACGCCUCAUGGACGACGGUCGCCAUCUUGAUGUCUCUCCUGACAGCACUGACCGCACGGCACGCCGGCGCAGAGGUGGCCCAUCCCCAGACGGUAGCCCUGACGGAGGCCGCUUCAGUGACUCAGAGCGCCCCCCUCGCGGCGACGACAGACCCUCCCCUGGACGAGACCGCCGCCCCAGUCUGGAGCGUCCUAGCGGAGGGGACAGGAGAUUGAAGAACCAGGGGAAUCUCGCCGAGAGAGGGGCCUCCAGCAGUGGCCUCGCAUCUUCAACAGGGGAGCGGAAACGUAAAGCCGGCGACAGCAGCAGCAGAGGACCCGGAGCUAAGAGGGAUCGCUCCUCAGACCAGGGCGGCUCUAAAGGCAGUCAGUCAUCUAAGCUUAGCCUGGCCUGGCACGGCAUGCUCCUCCUGAAGAACAGCAACUUCCCCGCCAACAUGCACCUCCUGGAGGGUCACCAGGGCGUGGCCAAGGACCUCCUCGUCGACGGCCCCACGGGGAGACAGGUGGGGGAGCUCAAGAUCACCCAGCGUCUCCGCCUCGACCAGCCCAAGCUGGACGAGGUCUCCAGACGCAUCAAAGCGGCCGGCCCCGGCGGCUACGCUGUCCUCCUGGCGGUUCCGGGUUCCGGUGGCGAGGAGGUAUCGUCGACGGACCCUGCAGCUUCCACCCAGCGUCCUCUCCGCAAUCUGGUGUCCUACCUGAAACAGAAGCAGGCAGCCGGAGUCAUCAGCCUGCCGGUUGGAGGCAGCCGGGAUAAGGACCACCAGGGUGUUCUCCACGCGUUCCCUCCCUGUGAGUUCUCACAGCAGUUCAUUGAUGCCUCGGCUAAAGCUCUGGCCAAAACGGACGAGGACUAUCUGGUGAUGGUCGUGGUGCGAGGGCCAUCAUAACUACAAUAAGAGACGAAGCAGAACAUCAGUGAUAUUGUACAAAAGAAAAAAAAGAUGUCAGUAACUACUAUUGCAUGCUGUGUGUUGAGUUCUGCUCCAUGGGGUACUACUAUAGAGUAGGGGUAUGAUGGGGUACUACUAGAGUAGGGGUAUGAUGGGGUACUACUAUAGAGUAGGGGUAUGAUGGGGUACUACUAGAGUAGGGGUAUGAUGGGGUACUACUAGAGUAGGGAUAUGAUGGGGUACUACUAGAGUAGGGGUAUGAUGGGGGCGUAGGCUAUGUCACUAUUUGUUCCACCAAAAUAAUUAUGAAGUGCCCUCUUGAAAGUCAACAAAUGUGUAGGCAAAUUGUGCUACCCUGUUUUAUUAAUUAAGGGUGUGUUCAUUUCCAGCCAGUAUUAUAAAAGGGGGACAUUCUAGAAAUACAAUCUAACUUGAAAUGAGGUAAAAUGGCACCCUUUUUCAUUUAGGAAAACUUGAAUCAACCGCUGUGUGUGAGAAGACUCCAUUCCAACAUUUGGUCCACUGUUAGUGUUCCACUGAUCGUAUUAUAUACAGUGCCUUCAGAAAGUAUUCACACCCCUUGACUUAUUCCACAUUUUCUUGUGUUACAGCCUGAAUUUAAAAUGGAUUACCCGACAAUACCCGACGAAGUGAAAACAUGUUUUUAGAAAUGUUCCCAAAUGUAUUGAAAAUUAAAUACAGAAUGAUCUCAUUUACAUAAGUACCCCUUAGUCAAUACUUUGUUUCUAAGUACCUUUGGCAGCAGUUCUAGCUGUGAGUCUUUCUGGGGUUAGUCUCUAAGAGCUUUCCACUCCAUUUAUAAUGCUUCCUUCUUUUCUCGCUGUAUAGGUUAGUAUUGUGGAGUAACUACUAUGUUGUUGAUCCAUCCUCUGUCAUUAAAACAUCAUGUUAAACAAUAUUAUUGCACACAGAGUGAGUCCAUGCAACU